UAGCCGGAGAGGACAAGGGCAGGAGGCACCAUGAGUGGGGGCCCUGUGGGAGGCAGGCCUGGGGGCCGCGGAACACAGGCUGCUCAGCAGAACAUACCCUCCACCCUCCUCCAAGACCAUGAGAACCAGCGAGUCUUCGAGAUGCUCGGAAGGAAAUGCUGGACACUGGCCACCACAGUUGUUCAGCUGUACCUGGCGCUGCCCCCUGGAGCUGAGCGUUGGACCAAGGAGCAUUGUGGGGCUGUGUGUUUCGUGAAGGAUAACCCCCAGAAGUCCUACUUCAUCCGCCUCUACAACCUUCAGGCAGGCCUGCUGCUCUGGGAACAGGAACUGUACUCACAGCUGAUUUACUCCACUCCCACCCCCUUCUUCCACACCUUUGCUGGAGAUGACUGCCAAGUGGGGCUGAACUUUGCAGAUGAGAGCGAGGCCCAGGCCUUCCAGGCCCUGGUGCAGGAGAAGAUACAAAAAAGGAAUCAGAGGCAAAGUGGAGACAGACGCCAGCUACCCCCCCCACCAGCACCAGUCAAUGAAGAGAGAAGAGGAGGGCUUCCACCCCUGCCCUCACACCCAGGUGGAGAUCAAGGGGGCCCAGCAGCUGGCCCACUGUCCCUGGGGCUGCUGACAGUGGACAUCCAGAACCCGGACAUCACGAAUUCACGAUACCGUGGACUCCCAGCACCUGGGCCUGGCCCAGCUGAUAAGAAACGCUCAGGGAAGAAAAAGAUCAGAAAGGCUGAUAUUGGUGCACCCAGUGGAUUCAAACAUGUCAGCCACGUGGGGUGGGACCCCCAGAAUGGAUUUGACGUGAACAACCUGGACCCGGAUCUGCGGAGCCUGUUUUCUAGGGCUGGAAUCAGUGAGGCCCAGCUCACUGAUGCUGAGACCUCCAAACUUAUCUAUGACUUCAUUGAGGAUCAGGGCGGGCUGGAAGCUGUGCGGCAGGAGAUGAGGCGGCAGGAGCCGCUUCCACCACCCCCACCGCCAUCCAGAGGAGGGAACCAACCCCCCCGGCCCCCUGCUGUGGGGAGUAACAAGGCUGGGGGUCCGCCUCUGCCACCACCACCACCACCGCCACCACCACCACCACCCCUCUCUGGGAAUGGGCCAGUCCCUCCCCCAGUCCCUCCUACUCUGGGGCCUGUGGGGGGCUCGGCCCCUGCUGGAGGUCGAGGGGCCCUUUUGGAUCAAAUCCGGCAGGGAAUUCAGCUGAACAAGACCCCUGGUGCCUCAGAGAGUUCUGGGCUGCAGCCGCCACCUCAGAGCUCAGAGGGACUGGUGGGUGCCCUGAUGCAUGUAAUGCAGAAGAGAAGCAGAGCCAUCCACUCCUCAGAUGAAGGGGAGGACCAGGCCGGAGAUGACGAUGAGGAUGAUGAAUGGGAUGACUGA